GUGGGAUUAGCUGCAGUAUUUAAUCUUCCUCCUCUCAGCUCCUUCCAGUCGACAUGCAGCAGAUCUACAGACACUCUGAGGAACACCUGGAGGUUUUUACCACCGUCUUCUCCCCACAAGUCUGCAGGUCAAGGACGAGAACCAGACAGGUGGCAGCAGAGAAGGUGGUGGUGGUGACAUCAUACCGGUCUCGCUGGCCUAAGGAGCUGGACCUGAACCGGGGAGACCUGGUCCAGGUUCUGUUUAAGGAGGACGAGGCCUGGUGGUUCGGCCGGCUGCCCACCGGACACCAGGGCUAUUUUCCCGCCACCUGUGUGGAGCCGCUGCAGGGUGGGGCUGCGCAGACCACGCCCCCUCCGAGGAGGAGGGUGUCGGUGCCAGCAGUGCAAACAGACAAAAACCCCUGUGGCUGCACCAGCGGUCACAGCACUCCAAAACUGCUGAGGAAAAACAGCGUUCAGCGGCCGGUCGGUCUCGACGGACCCUCGGAGUCGUUGGAACCAGGAGUGUCGGCGGCUCACGGGUCGUCCAGCCUCCUGCACCGAGUCCUGGCCAAGUCCAGGAGGAAGAGCUGCCCUCAGCAGCCCCACCCAGCUCCAGACUCCGGCACUAUCAACACCGCCUUCCAGCCAGACUAGACCAGAACCUGCUGCUGUCCAGCCAGACUAGACCAAAACCUGCUGCUGUCCAGACGGUCUAGACUCGGUUUCUCAGUGAUUCCUGAUUCUGCUCCUGAAACCCUGAAGACACUGAAGACAAACCGACCCUCAUGUUCUCUCUGAGGUCGUCCUGUUUGAGUCUCCAUCACUUCCAGGUCCAGUCCGAGUCACUUGAGAUCACCUUCAGGUCGCUGAUGUCCUAUAGGUCUGAGUCCAAGUGUCCUGAUCGGGUCUGAACAUCAUGUUCGAGUCACCAAAGACUUGUCCGAGUCACACAGGUGAAGACCUGUCGAGGUUCAGUUCUGAGUCCCUGAGAAAAAGUCCCAGUUACUCUCAUGACUCCUGAAGGACACAAACCAGCUGGAGUCGUUGCAUUAAGUCUCUCAGGUGUCUGAAGUGUCUCCAUACCUGAA